GCACGCACGCACGCACGCACACAUAGGUCAAUCCCACUAUGACCGCCCCGGGCCAUCCCCUCCCCGAGGAAGGCGCUCGUGAAUCGGGCCCUCCCUCCGCAAUGGGCCCGACGCCCGCCAUGUGCUCGGUCUGCACAUCCAAUCCGUGGAAGUACCGGUGCCCCUCCUGCCGGGCAGUCACCUGCUCGCUGAUUUGCGUCCGCCAGCACCGCGAGCAGGCGGCAUGCUCCGGCUCCCGCCCCACUCCGGACAACCAGAUGGUCAAACUGGCGCACUUUGACACCGGGCAGCUCCAGCGCGAUCUGACCUUCCUCCAUGAGAUUCAGCGAGUUACACAGGCCAGCCAAAUCGAGCACAACACCCUUGCCCGGCGAGGGGGGCCCGGGGGGAGCGCCAACCAGCCGGCCUCCUCGGGUCCCGGAUCUCGAGGCCGGCGCUCGGCUCCCGGGGGCUCUGGCAAUCCCCAACAUCAGGUGCCCCCACGCUUGCGGCUGCUGGCCAAGCAUGCUGCCCGCCGGGGGGUGACGCUGAAGUUCCUCCCCCAAGGCAUGAGCCGGUCUCUGGCCAACACCUCCUACUUCCACAUCUCGGAGAAGAAAAUCUAUUGGCGCCUGGAGAUUGUUCUCUUCUCGGACCAGACCUCACCCGAUGCCCGUGUGACUCUUGUCAGUGUCCCGGAGGAUGCUCCCAUGGCAGCUGUUCUUCAUGCGGCCGCGCGGGCUUGGCAUGUCGCGCCCGGGCGCCAGGCCCACUUUGGCCCUCUCCUUGCAGCCUAUCAGGAGGCCUUCCCCGAUCGGGUUCUGGAGCCGGCAGCCGUGGCUCCUGCCCCUGGCAAAGCUCCCGAUGCCAGGUCCCUCGAUCCCAAGGCGCCGCAAGCCGGCACGUUGCCGGAAUUUGUCCGUCCACUCAGCAGCCUGACGGAGAGUGAUCUCCCGCCUGGCGAGACCGAAGCCGACCAACCGGCUGACGGGUUCGAUGUCACGGCAUUUCCCUCGGCAGCAGCCAUCCACGAAGGGGCUGUCGAUGCCGGCGAGCCGGUCGUCUUUCUCAUCCGUCGAACCCCGGGCAAGGCCAAUCAGCGUGAGUUCUUUCUACUGCCCUCUCUUCGGUUGACACUUGGGACGUUGCUCCGGCACGCGGGCGAGGUCAUCGAGUUUCCGGCGAUCCUCGCCUGCUCGCCGGCAGAUGUUGCCCAUCUGAUCCAGGCAGACAGCGAUUCCCCUACGGCCCAUCUCCCGGGCGGCCGGUCUGCACAUGGUGACUCGCAGGCGGACGAGCCGGUUUCCUUCUUCGAAAGUGAAACCGACCCCAUGCCUCCCACUUCUGGCACCCUGCCGGUUGCACACCCGCCCAGCCGUCCAUCCAUCGACACGCGAGUGUGCUUGGUCCCCCUGGAAGACUUGUCCGCCGACCCGGAAUGGAUCCACCAGAAGGCCCGUCGGGCGCGGAGGCCGCCCGCCGUCAUCGCGACCACGGUCCCCCCUCCAUCGAUGGUCCCGCCUCCUGGGACCGGCAGUUUGCAGGCCCUCUUCGCCGGGUACAUGGGCGGCUCCGAUAGCGACAGCGACUCGGAGCCGGAGUCGGUGCCCAGUGUACCCCCACAAGCCAAGCGCCAGCGCACGGAAGACCCAUAAUCCACCCCUCCACAUGGCCCUUUGUUGGUUUGCCCGUUGCCCUCUUUUUUUUUUCUUUGUCCCACACCGGGCACCCCCCCCGCCCGCCCGCCGAACAUAGACGCCCAGGUGUGAGAAGGGCCGCUGC